CCCCAGUCAGCAGAGCAAAAGCCCCCGAAACCAGUUCUCCCGUGGACCGGGCGAUGGCGGCCGACGCAGCCGGGUUGGAACGGCAGGUGAUGGCGGCGGUGAAGGCCUCCGCGGCGCGCGGCGACCCACCGCUCCUCCAGGCCGCAGAGGCCGCGCGCUGCGCCCGGGAGGCCGCUGCCUCCACCUCCUGCGGCCUCGCGCUCGCGGAGGCGUUGGUGGCGAACCUGUGCUUCGCGCAUAACACGGGCGCCAUGUGGAAGCUGCUGGACCAGGCCAUGUCGUCCCGCCUGGUGCAUCCUCUCCAUACCCUCGCCCUGCUCACCCCGAGGGUGGUGCCUAACCGGCGGCAGCAACCGGAGGCCUACAGGCUCUACCUUGAGCUUCUCGGUCGGUACGCGGUCGCCCCGGUUUACCCCGAACGCAUGGAAAGGAAGUCUAUGUUAGCCAAAUCUAUUGAUGAUGCUAUGCAGCUUGCACAUAGAUAUGGCUGUCAACAUUUGGAUUUUGGACAUGCUAUUAUUCUGUUUGUGUUAAGCCUUGUUGAAAUGCUGAUUGAUUGCAUCUUAGAUGAUUGUGGAUUGCUCAAUAUCUCUACUGAUGAACAUGAUAAUAUAUAUACAAAAAAAAAUACUAAUUUUGAUGGCAAGCGACAACUUGACAUGGGAGAUGAGCACCGUGAACUUCUAAGAAGAAAGAAUAUACUUAUGUCUAUUGAAGCUGUUGAGAAGGCCACUGCAAGUAAAAUUGCCCAAGUCUUUCUUCGGCUUGUCUAUCUUAACACGCCGGAGAAUUUCAAUUCUCUACUUCGGAAACUUCAACUAAUUGGCGCCCUUAAAUCAAAGAAUGUAUUACCUGCAUACAAUCUGCUAGAUAGCUUGACUACGAAUGUACAGAAUGUUAUAAGCACUGGAUAUCAGUUAGACAGGAGUAGGCUAUUGGGAGUUCUUGUUAGCACACAACCCUGCAGUUCAUCUGCAUUCAGUAUUUUUGGAGCUGGAAAGGGAUCUUGUUGGGUUCCUUUUGACAUGUUUAUGGAGAAUGCAAUGGAUGGGAGACAUCUUCAUGCUAUAUCAUCAGUUGAAUUUUUGACAGAACUCUCCAAGACACUUCAAGUGCUAAAUCGGGCGACCUGGCAAGAGACCUUUCAAGCUUUAUGGAUUUCAGGUCUGCGGUUGGUACAACGAGGCCCAGAAGCUUUGGAAGGACCAUUUCCUCAUCUUUAUUCACGAUUGUGCAUGUUGUUAGCUAUUAUCCCCUUGUCCAUCGCAACUAUUGUGAAGGAAGAGGCAGACAAACUGGAUGGUGGAAUGGUAUCUGCUAUAAAAGGAGAAUUAGUGUCAUCACUUCAGAUUCUGGUGCAAUUUUCUGGUCUUCUUUCACCUCCUCCAGCUACUGUGCAUUUCGCAAAUACUGCAGCUAGGAAAGCUGCAGUUCUAUCUGAUCUGAAAAGUGGGAAUGAGAACUUUUAUGGUUAUUCCAAAUAUAAUUCCCCUAUUAAAGCAGUAGGAAAUAUGCUACACCUCAUCGUGGAGGCAUGUAUCGCAAGGAACUUAGUUGAUACAUCUGCUUAUUUCUGGCCUGGCUAUGUGGUUCCACUUGAAGAAUCUUCUCGAGCCCAGGAAUCUUCAUGGUCAUCUUUAACAGACGGUUCUCCACUUAUGGAACUCAAGGAUGCACUUAUGGUUACACCUGCUUCGAGUGUAGCAGAGUUGGAGAAAUUGUACUCUUUUGCAGUAAGUGGGUCAGAGGAGGAGAAAUUGGCGGCUUCAAAGGUUUUGUGCGGGGCAUCACUUCUUCGUGGUUGGAACAUUCAGGAACAUGUCGUCCAAAUGGUGCUUAAGUUGUUAUCAUCAUUCCUCCCUCUGGAUUCCAGAUCAGACAGGCGAUAUGUACAGCACAUGCCUAUGCUGCAUGCUCUCAUAUUAGGGAUUUCUUCUGUUGAUGCUGUUCAUAUUCUCUCAAUGUAUGGCUUGGUGCCAGAAGUAGCAGCCAUGUUAAUGCCUCUCUGUGAGAUUUUUGGAUCCUUACCACCAUCUGAUCAUAGGAGUUGUAACUUUGAAGAGGCUUCUGUGUACUCUGUAUUCUCAUCUGCUUUCCUAUCGCUGCUUCGCUUGUGGAAAUUUCAUAGACCCCCUAUUGAGAAUGCUUUAUCAAGACAUGGAGUCUUUGUUCGGUCAGAGCUCAGUUUGGAUUUUCUCUUAUUAUUACGUAAUAGUCGUUCUGCUUUGAAAAACCUCUCUAAUGUUAGUAAGUCAAGCAUACUUCAAUUUGAUCCAUUGUUUCAAAAGCCAGUAUAUAUCGAUUCAUUUCCAAAGCUAAGGGCAUGGUACUUCCAGAACCAGGCUUGCAUAGCCUCUACUCUUUCUACUGUUUACAAUAGGCCAAAUGUCCUCCAUGUGGCAAACAUUAUACUGAAAAUUAUAUGCCAUAAAGUUUCAACCUGUCCUCCAUGUGUCCAGUCUGUAAAUCCUCAGUCAACAUCAAAUUCCAGUAUGGGUAGUCCACCUCCAGGUGUUAAAGAAGAUAUAUGCCAGUGGCCAACACUUCCUGCAUGGGAAGUUCUGGAAGCUGUCCCUUUUGUGCUUGAGGCUGUAUUAACUGCAUGUGCUCAUGGGAGGCUUUCGUCCCGUGAUUUGAUUACAGGUCUAAGAGAUCUCGCAGAUUUCCUGCCUGCUUCACUUGCUGCUAUUGUCAGCUACUUUUCAGCAGAAAUUACCCGUGGCAUAUGGAAGCCAGUUAUGCUGAAUGGAACAGAUUGGCCAAGUCCAGCUGCAAUGCUUCCAGUAGUUGAAUCCGAGAUAAAUGAAGUUCUAGCAUUGGCUGGUGUCAAUAUAAACAUCUCUUCUCGACCUCGUAUGUCAAUGGCUGUUUCUGCAAACCAUUCAUUUCUGAAUGUUGCAUACAUCAUAAAUUUAUUUGUUUUUGUGUUCCUCUCACAUGUCUCUGUGGCUUUCAAUGUUAAUAUAAAUAACAUUUUGGGUUCUAAGGUCAUGAACUUCACUCUCAAAUGGACACUUAAUGCUUCUACAGGUUCGGUGAUGCCAAUGCUGCCAUUGCCAAUUGCAGCCCUAAUCAGUUUAUCGAUAACAGUUAAGAUGGAGGAAUUUAGUCACCUACAUGGAAUCAUUGGCCAAGGAAUUGAAAUUUGUGCAACAUCUAGUUCAUGGCCAAGCAUGCAAAUUAUAGGUGCAUUGUGGUCCCAGAAAGUACGGCGCUGGCAUGAUUUUAUCAUAUUGGCAUGUUCACGGUCUCCCUUCACUCGAGAUAAUACAGCGGUAGCUCAACUGAUCAGGAGUUGCUUCACAUCUUUCCUUGGACCUUCAGUCGAUGGACAUUCCUGUUAUGUAGCAAACAGAGGAGUCACUAAUUUGCUGGGGAAGACACUUGAUGAAAGAGCUAGACUUGUUGUUGCGCCAGGGUUUCUUUACAUGAGAUCUUGCCAGUUAUUUCCAGACAACAAUUUUGUUUGUGAAGAGAUUUUGAAGGUGGUCAUUGAGAGAGCCCGUACGCUAGCGAAUGAUUGUAGUUCUGAAAGACCUGCUCAUUUGAGAUCAGACUGCAUGACACUCUCAGAUGCCUCAUCCCUGGUAGAGCAGAUAUCAUCACUUGCAGCAACUAUGCUUUGUCAUGCUGGUGGGGUGAAUUUGAUCCGUCUCCUGUAUGAGCAUAUUCUCCCCACUUUGCUGCUUUCAGCAGGAGAAGAUAAGCUUGGUUCUGCCGGUCAUGUUUGCAGCUUAUUUGAAGGAUAUGCGCUAGCGUAUGUUCUCCUCUGGUCUGGUGCCAGCAUCUGGGGUGUCGGAGAAACCUCGCCAGCAUAUGCUUCAAUUUACACAUCAAAAAGGCAGCGGAUUGUGGACAGGCACUUGGAGUUCAUGGCUAAGGUAAUGGAGGGUAACAUUGUGCUGGGAUGCGGUGAGACCACUUGGAGGUCCUACGUUCUCUGUUUCGUAGGUUUGCUGGUUGACUUUGUGCCAGCAUGGAUUCUCGAAGUCAAGCUGGAGACACUUCAGAAAUUGGCGUCUGGACUUCGGAAAUGGCACAAGGGUGAUCUAGCCCUCUCUUUGCUUGAGCGAGGGGGAAAAAAGGCUGUGACUUCGGUGGUUGAAUCGCUUUUGUGAUACGCUGGUGCUCAAUUUUCGGUGUAAUUGUCUAUGUCAGCUUGGUACAUACACAUAACUUGUUACCAACUUACUAUUAUGAAAUUCAGCCCAUCAAAAAAAUGAACGCUACAACCGUACAGCUUACCAGGAGCUUGCUUGUCCAUAUUGUCGAUCAGCUAAGGCUAACACUAAAGAUUGAGAUGCCCAACAGGCAGUUGUUUGUAACUUUAUAUAGUCAUUCAUGUCAUUUAGUA